AUGAUUGACGACUCGCCUGGAAGUAAUGGCGACCAUGUUGGUCAGAAUGGCUAUACUGCCACACAGAACAGUUCUGAAGAGAACCGGCCCAAGUUUACCCUGAAAGACACUCCUGUCGAGAAUCAGCGUCCGAUGAGAGUUGUGAUUGUCGGAGCUGGUUUUUCUGGUAUCUAUUCAACUAUUCGAAUGACACAGAGACUGAGAAAUAUUGAUCUUACUGUCUAUGAGAUGAAUGAAGAAACUUCAGGAGUUUGGUGGUUGAAUCGCUAUCCUGGCCUGGCUUGUGAUAUUCCAUCAUACUGUUACCAGUUCAGCUUCGCGCCAAACCCCUAUUGGUCCUCCCUUUACGCUCCAGGCGCCGAAAUUCGUGCAUAUAUGCAAGAUGUCGCUGAGAGAUACGGUGCCAACCGCUUCAUCAAGACGUCUCAUCAAGUCACUUCGGCAACUUGGGACUCGGAGAACAAGGUCUGGAGACUCACUGUAAAGAACGUCAAGACUGGAGAGACAUUUGAAGAUACUGCGAACAUCCUCGUCUCUGCAAAAGGGGGUCUAAAUCAGAUAGCUUGGCCGGAGAUCAAGGGACUGAAGGAAUUCGCGGGCAAGCUCAUGCACUCUGGUGCUUGGGACGAGAGUUGCGACUUGAAAAACAAACGCGUGGGAAUCAUUGGCAAUGGAUCGAGCGCCAUUCAAAUCUUACCCGCGAUCCAGCCACUGGAGGGGAUCAAGGUAACUUGUUUCGCUCGAUCGCCGACCUGGAUUGUUCCUGCAUUUGGCGACACAGCUAUGCAGAAGUUGGGAAUGGAUCCUUCAGAGACCAAGUUCUCACGUCGUCACCAAGAGAUGCUCGCGAGGCAGCCAGACAGGUUCUACAAAAUGCGAAAGACACUCGAAGACGAAGCUGCAACAAUCUAUCCUUUGACCUUGAUGGGCACUGAUGUGCAGACCGGGGCUCGAGAGCUCUUUCAGAAGCAAAUGGAGGAGAAACUGGAAGGCAGAAAAGAUCUCCAGCAGAUUAUCCCUUCGUUUGCUCCUGGUUGUCGUCGUUUGACCCCAGGCCCUGGAUAUCUGAGUGCUCUCCAACAAGAAAACGUCACUUUUAUUAGCCAAAAAAUUGAAGAGAUCACAGAACGAGGAGUCAAAGUGACCUCUGGGGAAGAGGUCGAACUUCAUGUUCUCGUCUGCGCGACUGGCUACGACGUCGAGGCGCCGCCGACUUUCCAAAUAAGAGGCCGCAAUGGCAAGGCGCUCACAGAAAAGUGGAAACCACAUUGGGAGACCUAUAUCUCACUUGCAGUCGACGAAUUCCCCAACUUCUUCCUCAUCGCCGGUCCCAACUGCGGUCUAGGCUCAGGCAGCCUACUCAGCAUCUUCGAAGCACAAGGCGACUACAUCGUCAAAGCGAUCCGCAAGCUUCAGAAGGAAGACUACGCUACCAUAGAGGCCAAGCCCGAGCGUGUAGCUGACUUUAGUCAGUACAUAGACGAGUACUUCAAAGGCACUGUGUACACGGAUGAGUGCUCAUCGUGGUAUCGCUCCGGUAGGCUUGGGUCACGCAUUGUAGCGCUGUGGCCUGGGUCUUCUGUGCAGUGCCUUGAGGUGUUGAGGUCGCCGCGAUGGGAGGAUUAUAAGUUUGAGAGUGCCGAUCCUACGGGGAAUUUGUUAAGGUGGAUGGGGAAUGGUUGGAGCCAGGUGUUGACUGAGGGCGAUCCGUCUUGGUUUUUGGAUGCUGAUGUUGUUGAUGCUCCUUAUGAGGGGAAGCCUGAGGAUAGUGAGUUCUAUAGACGUCGUCCAUUCUCAUACUAG